UUUUUUUCUUCUGCUGUCUGUCUCCGUUGCAGCUUUCCAACUAACGGGCGCUGGAGGCGGCCGCUACUAGGGUACUCAGCACGCAUGUCGUCGGCUGUAGGCCAUCUGUAGCACCUGUAAGUCCAUUUUGCAAUGCUACCCAUGUCCAGUAUGGUACUUUGACUUUGACCUUUUGUUUUGCCUCCUGUUACAUUACUGUCUAUGUCAAUGUUUUGGAUUUGUUCUCGCCUUGAUGUUUCCCAAACAGGAACAGGACCAGCCACCCUCGACUCAAACUCUAGCCGGUUUUCUCGUAUAUCAGUUUCACGAUGCUCCAAGGCCUCCGAUACCACCUCAGCUGCAUAUCCAUACUACCUAGGUACCUAGAUUUGUACGAGUAGUCGAUGGGGUUCGAUGAUCAGAUUCCAAAAGUUGAUGACAGAGAUCACGGGACAUCGGAUGAAAGGGGCUAGGCGCAACUUAGUCAUCGCAUUGCGACCCACGACACCCGCUUAACAAGACGGCCUGCUACUACCACAGACUACCUCACUGCAUCCAUCCACGCCCUAUACAUGUACAUGUCGUUCCUUCUCGCUGCUACUGCCAUCACCCCCCUCAUGUCACCCAGCGUCGUGUCUACCAGUAUCCACGUCUAUAAAAGGACGAAACACCCGCCCCCAUAACCCCCAAUCUACUAACUCGCCCUUUAAUUAUCCCUCAUCGUCUUCUCACACUGCCCGUCUCCGUCCAUCCCACUAUCCUCUAGACCCACACCCACUUCAACGCCAGUCUCCUCCAAGCAUCGCACCAGCCGUCCGGCCCGCCAUUCUAACCCCAAGCCGGACCAAACUUUGAUUGCAUGAGAAUUAAUUCUGCACAAAAAAUAGAAGAGAAAAAAAAAAGGCAUCCCAAUGGCAAUGCACCACCGCAUCGUCGCCCUCGAGCGUAUCCACCAGCCCCUCCCUUCCGCCUUCGACUUUGGCCCCGGCGCCACCUACGACCUAAUAACCCACGAUACAACGCCCACUCGCGACCUGCUGCACGCCCGCAUCCGCGAAGCCACCAUUGUCAUCGUCACAACCAUCACUCUUGAUCCAGAAACCCUCUCCGCAGAUGUCGCGCCGCACCUCCGCCUCGUCGCCGUCAUGGCCACAGGCACCGACCUUGUCCAUCUCGCCACCUGCAAGGCCCGUGGCAUUCGCGUGACAAACUGCCCGGCCGCAAACAUAGACGCCGUCAGCGAACACGCAAUCAGCCUCUACUUCGCCGCUCGUCGCCGCACCGUCCUGCUCGAUCGCCUCACCCGCGAAGUCCCCAGCCAAUGGAAGGCCAAUCGCAGCCUCAAUACCUACAUGCGCUACAAAGAUGGAAAACCGCCGUUGUCGUGUAAAGACGAGGUCAUGGGCAUCGUCGGCUACGGCGCGCUGGGGAAGAGCAUUGCGAGUCUCGGUCGAGCUCUAGGCAUGCAGGUCCUUGUUGCCGCGAGGAAACCCCCUUCUUCUACCUCUUCCCCAACUGAUAACGUGAAUUCUCUCCUCCCUCCCGCUGCCACAGCCCCUUCAAACCCAGAAGACCCACCUCGUACCCCUUUCCCCGAUGUCCUGCGUCGCGCUACCCUCCUCAUCAUCUCCCUCCCCCGCACCCCUUCCACCCUUUCUCUCCUAUCCACCCCAGAAUUCGCACAGAUGCACCCCUACGCCGUCGUCGUGAACAUUGCGCGUGGCGGUAUCGUCGACGAGCAUGCCGUCUUUUCCGCCCUGCAGUCCGGCACCAUCGCAGGAUAUGCUACCGAUGUGCUGGCUGUGGAACCCGCCGAGGGAGCGCAGGAUAGCCCCCUCUUGAGCGACGACGCAAAAGCGUUGAAUAUCACUGUCAGUCCACACCUGGCAUGGUUUGCGCAGCGGACGUUGGUGAAUCUGGGUGGAAUCCUGAAGGAUACGGUCGAGGCGUGGGUUGCUGGGGAGGAGAUUAAUGUCAUUGCGUGAACUUGAUCAUUCCUUCACAUCUGCAUACCAUGAAGCGCAUUACAUAUAGCUACGUCGCAAUAGUAAAUAUUGAUC